GUCUCGUUAAAAUCCCUAUCUGUCCCUGUUUUUGCGUGAUGCCAUCGUGCUAACCAAACUCACCAACCUCCACUUCUCGUAAAUUAGUGAUUAUCCAGCCAAGAGCUUUCUUACUGAACGAAACUUCAUUUCUAUAUACAAGAAAGUUCUUAAAAGAUGUUUGUACAAGCUGCCUUCAGACGCAGCGCCGUUUUUGGUGCAAAACUUGUCUUCAAGCAAAGUCAAGCUCCUGUCCCCAGAUUUGUGUCCAUAAGCGGUCGGUUCUACACAACGACACCUGCAAAGACCGACUAUGAUCUCUGUGUUAUCGGUGGAGGUCCAGGAGGUUAUGUUGCUGCUAUUCGUGGCGCUCAACUUGGUUUGAAGACUGUCUGUGUUGAAAAACGCGGAUCCUUGGGCGGUACUUGCUUGAACGUUGGUUGUAUUCCUUCUAAAGCUCUUCUGAACAACUCUCACAUCUACCAUACCAUCAAGCACGACACGAAGAAGCGUGGUAUUGAGGUCGGUGAUGUGUCGAUCAACUUGGCUCAAUUGAUGAAAGCCAAAGACGACUCGGUGAAGUCGUUGACUGGCGGUAUUGAGUAUUUGUUCAAGAAGAACAAGGUCACAUAUGCCAAGGGAACAGGCUCUUUCGUUGAUGAACACACGAUUGCAGUUGAUGGUUUGGAUGGCAAGAAGCAACAAUUUUCGGCCAAGAACAUUAUCAUCGCUACGGGUAGUGAUGUGAGAAAAUAUCCCGGUAUUGAAAUUGAUGAAGAGCGCAUCGUUUCUUCUACCGGAGCCUUGAGUCUCUCCAAGGUGCCCAAACGCAUGGUUGUUAUCGGCGGUGGCAUUAUUGGUCUUGAGAUGGGCAGUGUCUGGUCUCGUCUGGGUGCCGAAGUGAUUGUCCUUGAGCGCAAGGAUGCUAUUGGUGCCGGUAUGGACAAGGAUAUUGCAAAGACUUUCUCUCGUGUCAUCCAAAAGCAAGGCAUUAAGAUCAAGUCCCUCACUAAGGUCUUGGGCGCUCGUCGCGAAGGUGAGAGUGUGAAGAUUGAUGUUGAAGGCAUCAAGUCUGGCAAGAAGGAAACUAUUGACGCUGACGUCCUCCUUAUCUCUAUUGGUCGUGUGCCAUACACUGAAGGUUUGGGCUUGGAGAACAUCGGCGUCUCCAUGGAUGAGGGCAACCGUGUCAUCAUGGACAGUGAGUAUCGUACCAACAUUCCCCACAUUCGUGUUAUUGGUGAUGUUACUUUUGGCCCCAUGUUGGCCCACAAGGCCGAAGACGAGGGUAUCGCUGCUGUCGAGCUUAUCGUUAAGGGACAAGGUCAUGUAAACUACAAUGCCAUUCCUAGUGUUAUGUACACUCAUCCUGAAGUUGCCUGGGUUGGUAUUACCGAACAAAAGGCCCAAGAACUUGGCUUGAACUACAAGGUUGGUUCCUUCCCCUUCUCCGCCAACUCUCGUGCCAAGACUAACCAAGACUCUGAUGGUUUGGUUAAAGUGAUUGCCGACAAGGAGACUGACCGCAUUUUGGGUGUCCACAUUAUGGGUCCUUAUGCUGGUGAACUUAUCGCCGAAGCUACUCUUGCUAUGGAGUACGGUGCUAGUGCUGAGGAUGUUGCCCGUGUGUGCCAUGCUCAUCCUACUUUGAGCGAGGCCGUUAAGGAGGGUAUGAUGGCCGCUUGGUGCGGUAAGAGUAUCCACUUUUAGACGACUUGACGUUUAUGUCUACGCGGUUUGCUUCCUUUUCGCGAAAUUUCUGAAGGGCUUUUUGUCAUCAAACCCGAGUAUUUUGAUAUCUACAUAAUAACUAUUUUUCAAACGCGCGAGUAAGUAAA